UGGGCAACAAUACCAUCAACCCCGGAAGCACUACAACCAGCCUCACCGGAAAGAGAGACACAGCUCCCACAAGCAGAGGUCCAGAUAUCACCGAUAGAACCUGAGGUACAUGCAGAGAUGUCCAUCCCCUACAUCGUCACCUUACCCUGGCUGCCGGGCUGCUAUCGGCGAGGCAUACAGUAGGCGCGGAACGCCAAAAUCAGCAAUUCAGAUAAUGUUAAAUUCUCUUUCAAAUAACACGCUGAAACAGUAUGAUACUUCUUUCAAACAAUGGUGGCUAUUCUGUAAGCAAAAUAAGAUUGAUGUUUAUCAGGCGUCUAUACCAUUCGUACUUAAGUUUUUAACAGAGCGUUUUGAAAAUGGAGCCUCUUAUGGCACAAUUAAUAGUACUAGAUCCGCUCUAUCUCUUCUUAUUGGACCUAGAAUAGGAAAUGAUGAUAGGAUAAAACGGUUUGUUAAAGGAGUAUUUCGAUUAAAACCUCCUACUCCAAAAUAUAAUAUAACAUGGGACCCUAGCAUUGUCCUCAAUUAUUUAAAAGGCUUGUACCCUAACGAAGUUAUAAGCUUGGAACAGCUUACCCAUAAAGUGGUGAUGUUACUUGCCUUAACGACAGGACACAGAGUCCAAACAUUAUCCUUAAUUAAGAUUAAUAAUAUUCAAUUUACUCAUGAGGGAGUUCAAAUUUUUAUACCAGAUUUAAUUAAAACUUCAGGAAAAAACAGUAAACAACCAUUAUUAAAUUUAAAAAUAUUCAGUAAUAAGAUUGAAGUCUGCCCAGUCAAUACUUUAAAUUCUUAUAUCAAAAGAACACAGUCUAUUAGAGAUACUAACAGUCUUUUAAUUACGCAUAAAAAACCUCACCAUGCUGUUUCUACCCAGACUAUAAGUCGCUGGAUAAAAAAUGUACUUAAGGAGGCAGGCAUAGACGUUAACAUCUUUACAGCCCAUAGCACUAGACACGCCAGCACAUCAGCUGCAAGCAGAUCUGGUAUAUCCAUAGAUAUUAUCCAAAAAACAGCUGGUUGGUCAGAAAACUCUAUUUGCUUUGCUAAGCAUUAUAACAGACCAAUUUCUUCAGAACCUGACCAGUUUUGUAGUACGAUAUGUAACUUGAUAUCAGAAAACAUUAUAGUAUAG